UUCUCUUGUUGGCGGAUGGAUUCGCGCGCAUGACGCCUUGAGGCCUAUUCACUACACGCCGUCGUGCGGCCUAGCAGUGCUGCCAGACAGGAGACGAGUGCGGGAGAGCGCUGAGGAGGAGAGUGGAGCUGUAGCGGCUGCACAGCGGACAGCGCCUCGGUAAGAGUUGGGAGGUCAAAAUGACGCAGUUUUUGCCCCCAAACUUGUUGGCUUUGUUUGCUCCAAGAGAUCCAGUUCCAUACUUGCCACCUUUGGAAAAACUGCCUCAUGAAAAGCACCACAACCAACCAUACUGUGGAAUAGCUCCUUACAUUAGAGAAUUUGAGGACCCUAGAGAUGCCCCACCACCAACAAGAGCAGAGACCCGUGAUGAGCGGAUGGAAAGAAAGAGAAGAGAGAAGAUUGAGAGAAGACAACAAGAAGUGGAAAAUGAGCUUAAAGUCUGGGAUCCUCACAAUGAUACAAAUGCUCAAGGGGAUGCCUUCAAAACGCUGUUUGUUGCAAGAGUGAACUACGACACCACAGAAUCUAAGCUGCGAAGAGAGUUUGAAGUAUAUGGACCUAUCAAAAGGAUUCACAUGGUUUAUAACAAGCAGUCUGGAAAGCCUCGUGGAUAUGCCUUCAUAGAAUAUGAGCAUGAACGAGACAUGCACUCGGCAUACAAGCAUGCAGAUGGAAAGAAAAUUGAUGGAAGGCGAGUUUUGGUUGAUGUUGAGAGAGGACGUACUGUGAAAGGCUGGCGCCCACGCAGACUUGGUGGUGGUCUUGGAGGAACCAGACGUGGGGGAGCAGAUGUUAACAUACGUCACUCUGGCAGAGAUGAUACAUCUAGAUAUGAUGAGAGUUUUAGAAAGCGUGAGGAGAAAAAGGAUGAUGUAGCUGACAGACACUCUGGGAACCUGGAUAGAAGGGAGGUGACAUCUGGACCAGAGAGGGAUCGUGACAGAGAAAGGGAAAGAGACCGCCGAGAGAGGACCAGCCGGGAUCGUGAUAAUAAAGAUCGUGAGAGGCGUCGGAGUCGUUCCAGAGAACGUCGGAGGAGGACCCGCAGCCGUGAAAAGGAAGAAAGGAAACGUAGCAGAGAAAAGAGUAGGGAUAAGGAUAAAGACAAAGACAAGGACAGAGACCGCAAGCGUAGGAGUCGUAGUAGGGACCGUAAGAGGGAUAGAGACCGUGACAGAGAAAAGAAAGAUGAGCGCAUUGAAGGGGAUACUCAAGAAGCUGCAGAGCCUGCUACUGAAGAUUUGCAACCAGGUGAUGAAGACUUGGAUGGCUUUGAGAUAAAGCCUGAGCCAGAAGAGAAAGGUAGGGAUCGUGACAGAGACAGGGACAGAGAAAAGGACAGGGAUAAAGAUAGAGACCGGGAUCGAGACAGGAGACGCAGCCAUAGAGAUCGAGAUAGAGAUAAGGACCGGGAUAGAGACAGAGAUCGCAGACGGGACAGGGAUAGAGACAGGGACCGGGAACACAAACGGGAUAGAGACCGGGGCGACCGCAGUGAGAAGAGGGAGGAGAGAGUUCCAGAUAACGGAAUGAUUCAAGAACCAGUUGAGGAGACCAGCCAAGAUAUGUACUUAGACCAAGAGUCCAUGCAGUCUGGAGAUGGCUAUUUAUCCACAGAGAAUGGCUAUAUGAUGGAGCCUCCUAUGGAGUGACCUUGUUUAAUCUGAAGAACACUCCAUCAUUAAGUGAACUUUUCUUCCAUAGCCAGACUUGUUAGUAUAUGUUCAAGAGCCACAGCCUCUGUCCUCACUUGUGAAUACAACUUGGAUCCCUUCAACCGUUAUUAAUGUGCAGUUACUAAACAGUAAUGCUAUUCACCAUGAAUUUCCGACAAUGCCAUUUGGAUUUUUUUUUGACUCGUAGGUGGGUAUGUUUUACGUGUUUAUGUAACAGAAUCAUCCCUGAACUUGUGUAAAGUUGCAUUUAUUUUAUUUUCCUUUUAUACGGCCUCUCAAAUAAAAUCAUUUUAAUGUUAUUCUU